ACUAUUGGAGGCAAGUGGAAGCUAACAUGGGAGCUGGAGAUUGGAGAAUACUUUUCCAUAAUCAUCGAAAAAGGCCAGCAAUGAAUGAAGGCCGAAUCCCGCAGGUGAAGUAAGCGGAGAGAGAAAGUACAUAUCCAUCUGUCAAAACUCUCUCUCUACAAUUUUUAGACAGAGAAAGAAAAAUCCCACAAAGCCACCAUAGGACGAGGAUCCUCCGUGUGACUGACUCUCUGUAUUGUCGAAUCCCGUACAAAGCAAUUCUCCUCUCUCUCUCUCUUCAUGAUUUCAGGGGACCUGUAAUUGUUUGUAGUGUUGACAUUUGAAGACAAAAGACAGAGAAGAGCUAACCUAUGGUGCUCAAUUAAAAGCUAAUGUUGCAGUUGAAUUGAGCAAAGAAGGAGUGAUGGAAGACGAUAUAUUUUCGAGCAUUGCAGCUAGUGGACAGAUUGAGCCUAAGUUUCAACAAAGAUUUCAGAAAAACUUUGUGCUGGUCCAGAACAUUUUGGACCAGAACAGGUUGUUGAUAAAUGAGAUCAACCAGAACCACGAGUCGAAGAUCCCAGACAAGUUGACGCGUAAUGUGGGACUAAUUCGUGAGCUCAACAACAACAUUAGACGGGUGGUUGACCUAUACAGCCAUCUCUCCGACUCUGCCAGAUCAAUGGAAACCUUGUCUGAAGGGGAGUCGGCUGGGACAACUAAGUCCGAUGGGAGAGGUGGACUAAAGAGAGUUAGGUCUGGCAAUUGAUCAUAUCCCCUUCCUAGUCUUACUGCACUGAAUCUGGUGGAAGAGUACAUACACGAGAUUUAGGUCUUGCUUCAUAUCUGGGGUUGUUUGAUCUGUGGAAAGGUACAAAUUUUCAAUUUCAAUUAUCGUAGCUCGAUUUCUUGUAACAUUUUCUUGAGAUUGAUCUCCAUAAUGAGCAUUUCUUGCAUUAGAAAAGUCGAUACGCCUCACUUAGUAGCUUAUGUAACUGUUCUGAUUGGAGUAAUGUAGUUUUGCUGCACCCAACCCAAAUCUGCUAUUGCAAUGUUGUUUGUGAACCUGCUGAUUGUAGACAGUGAAGGGUUUUACAUCUAUCACCACUUAAUGUGUUUGGUUCAUUUUA